AUGAAUUCGAAUCUUAAGGCGUCUAAAACGCUAUUGUUAAACUAUUUGAAGGACAUAGGCCUCAUAAACAACCUUAAUCAUGCUACAGUGAAAGAUGAAAGCAAGAAGAGCGCUAUACUAAGCAUAAAGAUUGACGAAGAGAAGGCUAAUGAACUACUCCGGAAGCCGUUAGACAAUGUAGAAGUUAUAUUUAUUGAUAUGUCUAGUGGUAAGAAAGUAAUGAUCAAUAUUUGUAAUAAUGAUAAGCCGAUAAAAGAAGGGAUAUUUGAUUACACUGCUGAUUUAAAUAUACCCACAAAUGCUCCAGAAAAUGAAGAGGAUCUCAUUGCUGCGAGUGGAUCCCAAGCUUCACAAGCCUUUCAGUCUAAAUUUAGUCUAUCCUCAACAAUGCAAAGUUCUCCAUUGCAAGAGUCAACCCAAGAGUCGACGCACACAGCUCAGUCCUCGAAACUGCAAGAGGAACCCAAAGUAUCUGUACGACCUGAGCUCCCACGACCCGAGUUCCCAGAACCUCUCAGCACUCCCUCGAAUUUUGAGGACAGGUUUAAAAUACCAGGCUCAGGAAAUGAUUUUAACGAACAGCCUUUCCCUGCAAACCCCCGCAGACCUGCAGACAUGCCUGACUUUGAGGACGAGUACGAAAUACAAUCAGGGUUAAGAAAUGACCUCGGAGGGCACCCGUUCCCCACCAACCCCGGCAGUUACGGCAACUCGGACCUUUACCCGACUGGUGAAAAGUAUCCAAGCCUAAAUCCAAACCCUGGUUUGAAGCCAGCAGGCGGUAUGUUCUUCAAGCCUCCCAGCCAGCCUGAAUUACCCCUCCCCUACGGUGGCAGCUUCGACCCCCAAAAUCCACAAGACUUUAGAAAACCUCCUGGGUUCACUCCUGGUGCCCGCUGGAACAACCCAUUUGGCCCUCAUAACUUUGGCAACCAUCCAUGA